ACGCCAAUACGUACAGCUAAUACACAUACAUUACAUACACACAAAAGCACACUCAAAAUUUAAGAUUAAUCAUCAAAUCAAAUCUUUCUUUCUUCUACAUCACAAUCUUAUAAUUAUUGUUAUUUUUUAAUCCAGAAAACUGAAACAAAUUUUCUGAUUUUGUUUUUGGAUUCAAUUUUCCAUUUUACUCGAUUUUUGGCUCAAAUGUAGAGUGCGACGACACUGGAGAGAGACUGAGUCUACCGUUUAUUUAAAAUUACAUCACUCUUUUUCCAGAAUUUCGCAAAACAGAUUGGGGGCAGAAACCAUCUAUGGCUUCCAGCUUCAGUCCGUCAUGGAGCCCCGGCAAUGGUGCUGUUGGUGGCAGUUCGAGGUUCCAGUUGGGUGGACUCGGCGGUGUCUCCAGGCUAAGAUCUUCCUCCCACAAGAAGCCGCCGGAGCCACUGCGUCGAGCCGUAGCCGAUUGCCUUUCCUCAUCUUCUUCCUCGACUACCUCAUCCCACCAUGGCACCACUUCCUUCACUGCUCUUCUCACAGAGGCUUCCAGAACUCUCCGGGACUAUUUAGCUUCGCCUUCUACAAUAGACUUAGCUUACAAUGUGAUUUUAGAACAUACCAUCGCAGAGAGGGAGCGCAGCCCUGCAGUUGUUUCAAGAUGUGUGGCACUUCUGAAACGCUACCUACUACGAUACAAACCCAGUGAGGAGACAUUACUCCAGGUAGAUCGGUUUUGUGUGAACAUAAUUUCUGAGUGUGACACUAGUCCAAUCCGAAGAUUGCCUUCACGAGCUUCAAUUCAACAAACAGGUUCAUCGACAGCAUCUACAAUUACAUCUCCUUUGCCUGUUUCCAGUUUUACUUCCGGGGCUCUUGUAAAGUCGUUAAAUUAUGUGCGUUCCUUAGUGUCUCAACACAUUCCAAAGCGGCUAUUCCAACCUGCCGCUUUUGCUGGAGCCCCUUCAGCUUCGAGGCAGGCACUUCCAACUCUGUCAUCUUUGUUAAGUAAAUCUUUCAACUCCCAAUUAAGCCCUGCCCAUAGUGCAGAACCUUCAGAAAAUAAAGAUAUCACGAGUUUAUCUCUUUCAAACUCAUCAAACAUUGAAAAGGUUGAUGGAACAGAUGAUUCUGAAUACAUUGCAAAUGAUGUUCUCAAAUGGCGGUGGCUCGGGGAAUGUCAGUCAUCAUUUUUGCCAACUGAUAGUGAUCGUGCUACAAAUCCUCAAGACAUGAGAGCUCGGAAUUUCAUAGAAGUAGGUGCAGCAGCUUUACUUGUGGGUGACAUUGAUGCCAAAAUGAAAGGCCAACCUUGGAAAUAUUUUGGAACUGCUGAUAUGCCGUAUCUUGAUCAACUGCUGCAGCCUUCACCAGUAACAACAAUCACAGAUUCUGCCUCUGCACGUCCUCACUUGAGAGCAAUAACAUCAUCUAAACGCAUCAGAGCAGGCCCUCAGCAUAUAUGGCAUGAUUCUCCAGCGAGCACUUUCCGUCCGCGGGCUAGACAAUUAUUCCAAUAUCGCCACUACAGUGAACAACAGCCUUUGCGAUUGAACCCUGCUGAGGUAUCUGAGGUCAUUGCUGCAGUUUGCUCUGAGACAUCUUCAUCUUCACCAAAUGCUAAUGUCAUGACAGUAUCAACUAGAUUAAAUAGUCACAGUGGAAAACCAUCAAUGGAUGUUGCCGUGAGCGUCCUUGUUAAACUCAUCAUUGACAUGUAUGUUUCGGAUUCUGGGACUGCGGCUCCUUUCACAUUAUUUAUGCUGGAGGAAAUGCUCAGUUCUCCAAAAACAGCUUGUAGAUCUCGUGCAUUUGAUUUGAUUUUGAACCUUGGUGUUCAUGCUCAAUUGCUAGAGCCAAUGAUGACUGAUAGCACAUCCGCAAUUGAAGAAGAGUAUUCACAGGAAUCAUACUUUGACAGUGAAGCUAAACUUGCACUUCAAGGAAAAGUGAAAACUGAUUCUCUUAAGAUGGGCGCAUCCUCGGCUAUUCAUAAUUUUGAGUCUUGGAUUUUGAACAUUUUAUAUGAGAUACUUCUUCUUCUUGUUCAGAUUGAAGAAAAGGAAGAAUCUGUUUGGGCUUCUGCAUUAAGCUGUUUACUAUAUUUUGUCUGUGAUAGAGGAAAAAUCUUGAGAAACAGGUUAAAUGGUCUUGACAUAAGGGUUAUUAAGGCACUUCUAGAAAUUAGCAGGAAGAAUUCUUGGGCAGAAGUAGUUCACUGCAAACUUAUUUCUAUGUUGGCAAACAUGUUUUAUCAUGUCCCAGAAGGACAUUCAAUGGCUGCAAGUCCCCCAUUGUUCCUUGUAGAACAGAUUGAUCUGAUUGGUGGAAUUGAGUUCAUUUUUCUAGAGUAUACCCUUGCAAACUCAAGGGAAGAGAGGAGAAGUCUGUAUUUGGUCCUUUUUGACUUUGUUCUGCAUGGAGUAAAUGAAACCUGUACGUGUACGGGGGGCACGGAGUAUAGUGAGGAUGAGAUACAGCCUCUUGCAGCUCUGCUUUCUCUAGCAGAUGCCCCUGAAGCUUUUUAUAUUUCUGUAAAGCUCGGGGUCGAAGGUAUUGGAGAGAUUCUGAGGAGAUCGGUUUCUGCUACAUUGUCCAGAUAUCCCAACAGCGAUCGAUUAAACACGCUAUUAGAGACUGUAACAGAGAAAUUUGAUGCGAUUAUAAGUUCAUUUACUCAUUUGGACAAUGAGUUCUCCCAUAUGCUGCAGACAACAAAAUCUUACAAGUUCCUGGAAAGCAUUGAAGGUGAAGUUCUGAGAAAUGGUAUUGACAUGAAAGUAAAACACUCAUGGGCCACUUUACAUUCCCUGCUUCAUUCAGAAAGAAUUGCUUAUCGGCAGAAUGGAUAUGUUUGGUUGGGGGAUUUGCUUAUUUAUGAAAUUAGUGUGGAAAGGAAUGCAAUAUGGUCCAAUAUUAAAACUCUGCAGCAUAACAUUGCAUGUGCUGGUGUUCAUGAUGCAUCAGUUGCUUCAGAUGUCCCUUUAUCCAUUUGGCUGAUGUGUGGCCUUCUCAAAUCAAGACACAAUGUCAUCAGAUGGGGAUUUUUGUUUGUUCUAGAAAGACUUCUUAUGAGGUGCAAAUUUUUGCUAGAUGAGAAUGAAAUGCAGCAUUCAAAUGGUAGUGAUACUGGGCAUGUGCACAGAGAUAGCCGCCUUGAGAAAGCUAAUGCAGUGAUAGAUGUAAUGAGUAGUGCCUUAACCCUUGUUUAUCAGAUUAACGAAACAGACCGCAUCAAUAUUUUGAAGAUGUGUGACAUAGUAUUCUCUCAAUUGUGCUUGAGAGUUCCUCCAGCAACUGCAAUGCCAUUUGGAGAUGACUUGCAUCACCAUGGUAGAGUUUUUGGUUGCAUGGAAGAAAAUAAAAAAUUUGAUGUAAACGAGUUUGUCUUUCAAUCAGAGAAUUCUUCUGAUUUUUGUAUAGAAGUUGAUAGUAGAUCCAUCCACAGUAACAACAAUCCUCUUGAUUAUGAGACAGCUUCAAUGGCAGCACUUCUUCUUCAGGGACAGGCUGUCAUUCCCAUGCAGUUAGUUUCACGUGUACCUGCUGCUUUGUUCUAUUGGCCUUUAAUUCAACUUGCUGGUGCAGCAACAGACAAUAUUGCAUUGGGUGUAGCUGUUGGUAGCAAAGGAAGAGGGAACCUGCCUGGUGCUACUUCAGAUAUUCGAUCAGCUCUUCUGUUGCUUCUAAUUGGUAAAUGCACUGCAGAUUCUGCUGCUUUCCUAGAAGUUGGUGGCGAAGAUUUUUUUAGGGAACUUUUGGAUGAUACAGAUUCAAGGGUUGCAUAUUAUUCUUCAGCUUUUCUUUUGAAGCGCAUGAUGACAGAAAAACCAGAAAAGUACCAACACAUGCUUCAAAAUCUUGUUGUCAGAGCUCAACAGAGUAACAAUGAAAAGCUGUUGGAAAAUCCAUACCUUCAGAUGCGAGGCAUACUACAGCUGGCAAAUGAUCUAGGAACUGGUUUAUAGUCUAGUUGUGCACUGUGUUGGAUAUUAUUUUUCUUUGGUUGGAUUCAAUACAUGGUUUAGUGGCUUCCUAUCAUGACUACUGAUGCUCUGCCUUUAGUGACAAACAUUACAUCUUCAAGUUUGAAAUAUGUAGCUGGGAUAUGAAUGAAUGGUUUCUGAGAAGCACAAAGUGCUUACCUGGAUUGUGAAGAUACUUUACUCUUUCUAGAACACUGAUUUUUUGAGUUAAAUGAAUGUGGUGCUGGCGGAGAAAUAAUAACAAAAAGAAUAGAGAAGAACAUCACGAGGACUGUUCAGCUGCUAGUUGAUAUUGGAAAUUUAUUCAGGGUUACCAUGUCAAACGACAAUAUGAAUUUUCCAUUGCCUGUGGGUUUCUGCAUCGAUUUUUCUGGAAAAUGGUGACUACAUUGACAUCUUCUUCCAAGUUUCCAUAUCUACUUUGUACAUGUGUUAUAAUUUGUGGUGGGACUCCUUUGUGGUGAAAUCUAUAAAGUUUCAGAUUCAGCUGAAGGUUCAGGAAGCUAGUAAUUAGAAGUGUUAACUUAGAACAAGUUGAUCAGUGGUUGUCCCUGUUUUAUGGAUGGUGCAAAAUAAAAGCUUCAGCAUAUCUUCAGUUGGUAGCCAUUGCAUUUGCAUAGGCUUAAUGUGAGAGUUUCCAAAGAUCCAUUCUUUGUACAGGAUCUGAUCUUUUCCGAGCCUUCGUAUAAUUUUGGAUUUCUGAAGGCAGCCCUCAUUCUCGCUGGUUGGGUAAGUGUAGCUAGAUAGUUAGAAUCAUGUUUUUCACCUUGUGGUGAUUCACCAUCUUGGCAUCAGCAAAAACAGAAUCAUGGUUUUGUAGGUUUAGUGGCAAAGUGAUGGUGAUUGACCAUAGAUUGGAUGACAAGACUCUUUGAUACCAUUUUUAGGGGCAAUCACAAGAUGUCGAUUUUUUAGGGGCAUCUUCAGUCUCCUGUUUUUUUCUUCCCCUAAAAUUUUCAUGGUAUAUUGUUGACAUUGUAAAUAUGUGAUUAUUUUUGGGGUUUUUUAUUUUUUAUUUUUUCACCAUCACAUCAACUAAUUGCGAUUGUAAAAUGCCUACUGAGAAAAUUGCUUCAUGUAUGGCUGAUGAGAAAUUUUGUUUAAUGUAUGACAUUCAAGGUCUCAUUUAUUUUCAA